UCCUUCCGGGCCUCCCAGGCGCUCUGCCCUCCUGACUUUUCCGCGGCAGCCCGAGCACAGUCCCGGGAGCCACCCGACCGCCCAGCUUCCUCCCCAUGGCCGGCCUGAGCCCUGAGCAGCUCCGGAAGUUCCAGGAGGAUGGAUACCUGGUGCUGGAGGGGUUCCUGUCUGCCGAGGAGUGUGGGGCCCUGCAGCAGAGGGUCGCUGAGAUAGUGGCCAGGAUGGACGUCCCUCCCCACUGCCGCGUCGAGUUUUCCACCCAGGAGGAGGAGCAGGUGCGAGUCCAGGGCAGCACGGACUAUUUCCUGACCAGUGGCGACAAGAUUCGAUUCUUCUUUGAGAAAGGCGUUUUUGACAAGAAAGGAAAUUUCCUGGUCCCUCCGGAGAAAUCCAUCAACAAGAUUGGCCACGCUCUGCACGCCCAUGACCCUGUCUUCAAAUGUGUCACACACUCCCCCAAGAUGCAGGCCUUGGGCAGAAGCCUGGGCCUCCAGAUGCCCGUGGUGGUGCAGAGCAUGUACAUCUUUAAGCAACCUCACUUGGGCGGUGAAGUCACCCCUCACCAGGACGCCACCUUCCUGUACACGGAGCCCCUGGGCCGGGUGCUGGGCGUGUGGAUCGCGCUGGAGGACGCCACGCUGGAGAACGGCUGCCUCUGGUUCAUCCCUGGCUCCCACACCAGUGAAGUAACGAGAAGGAUGGUGCGGGCCCCCGCUGGCUCGGUAACUGGCACCAGGUUCCUGGGGUCAGAACCAGACUGGGACGACAACCUCUUCGUGCCCACACCAGUGCAGAGAGGGGCCCUCGUCCUAAUCCACGGACAAGUAGCACACAAGAGCGAGAAGAAUCUCUCCGACCGCUCACGCCAGGCCUACACGUUCCACCUCAUGGAGUCCGCUGGCACCACGUGGAGCCCGGAGAACUGGCUCCAGCCAACAGCUGAGCUGCCCUUUCCCCCGCUGUACACCUAACUGGCUCCCGCAGGGCCGGGCACUGGCCCCUCCCAGGACACUGUGGGCUGCGGACGCCAGCACCUCGCCUGACCGCCCAGCGGCAACGGGGAAGUCACAUCUCUCCUCCCGGGCUCUCCUCCUGCCAGCGGCUGCGCCCCUUGGCCCUGCAGACAGGCAGGCAACAGGUGGCGGCCGGGCAGCAGGGGCCCGGCUGGGUGCCUUUCCCAAGAUGUGUCUCCCCCACCCCAAAUACGACCUCCCUCCGGAGCAGUGGUUUUCAACUUUUUUUAUCUUGCAGCACAAACAGACUGAUUGCUACAAUUCUGAGGCACGCCCCCCAAAUUUUUUUUGAGGAUCUGACAAAAUGAAACACUCUAAUUUUGAUUCAUCAUACUGGACUGCUCUUGUUGUAAUGACUGUUGUCAUUUUUUUAAAUUUGACAAUCUGAGGGAAAAGAGGUUGGCACCCCCUGACUGAAUAGUCACGUACUGCACGUUUUAAAAAUCCUCGCGGCGCACCCUCGUGCCUCAACCAAUGGGUUGAAAGUCGCCGCUCUUGGAGGCAGCUUCUCGCCUGCAGCAGGGUCCUGGCUACUUCUCCCGCAGCUGCUGUCUCUCGUCUCCUCCCAGACAGAACUCUAUUACGGUGCAAGACACUGAAUAAAGAUGACUUC